UCAGUUCUAGUCUGACUCAAACAUCAAACAAUACACACUCGUAGUUCAAUUGAAUUCCAUUACACUUUUUUGUAAUUUUUUCAGUUAUUUAAAAGCUUACACAAAAUGAAUUGUUUUGAAGGGAAGACGCCCGAGGGGAGGGUGGAAUGUGGCAAGAAAAUCGAGUUGAAUCCGGGACCUGAGUGUCCUGCUCCGCUGAUUUGUCCACUGCCAACGGAGCCGCCCUCCCAUCGAUUGAAGAAGGCACCCCAACCAGCUCUGGUGGCCUUGACCCCUCAUCCCGAUGAAGCCGCCCAGCAGCACCUGCUGCAAAAUAUGAUGGCUGCCGCCCAAGAACACCAGAAGCUUCAGGGUGACCUUCAGGCGGGAGUUGACCAACAGCAAAUGCAGAUGGCCGACAUUCGAGCGGAUCAAUUCCAACAGUCGCAGAAGCCGCUAAGAAUGGAGGAAGUGCAAUUUGCCCGAUCUGUGGACCCCGAAGCAGAUGACCUGCGAAAUCCCCCGUGCUAUUUGCCUCAACAGGGUGACGAGCUGCCUCACAAAGACCAGCUGAUGCCAAUGGGUCCGAUUGGUCCCUGGGCAUCCGGAAAGGUGGACUGGAGUCCAAUGGCUGGCAUCACGGGUACUCGUCCAGUUGUGGAUCGCUAUUCGAUCACCCGAUACAGUCCCAACGAGUGGCGCACUAGGAAUCACGAGACGGUGCAGAAUGUCAAUAGCAGCCUAAUCAGAGCAGAUAAAAACCGCUUCAGUUCGACCACCGAGUAUCUGAGACUUUCUGCUUUGGUGGCCAAAUCUCAAAAUGAAACCACCGAAAAACUGAGGAUCCGUUCGCAGCUGAUUGGCAAAUGGAAGAAUACUCUGGAAAAUGCCAUUAAGGCGAUGGCUGAUGAGAUCUCCACCAUGGAAGUGGAGCGUAUUAAGCUGCGGAAAUCAAUGGUGGUUCUUGGGGUUCCCGAAUCAAUUGCAAAGGAGUGCAUUGAAAAAAGAACCACGAGGCCAGACACCGAAUUGGUUCGCGAUCAAGUUGAAGAGGAGUUGAUCAACGAACUGGCAUUGAUUGCAGAAAUCCGAAGGCUGUUGAUGAAAACUCUGGAUGAUUUCAAUACGCAACAGGUGGAGAAUCGCACGGCUCGUCAGCGCCUUGAAUACGAUUGGAGUGACAAGAAGGAGGCUUAUGAGAUUGAUACCCUGAACACUGGAUUAAAUAACAGUUCGAGAACCAUAAUGUUCAGACCUGGAGCGGUGCGACAGCCACCGGAACAGGCAUCCGAGAAGUACUGGGAGCACUUCAGCAUGGAGACCUUGGAUGAGUGUGAGAAGUGCCGCCUUAGAUCCGUGAGCCUGCGAAAUACCCUCAAUGCAACCAUGAUGAAUGCAGCCAGGGAUAUUCGCACUCAGGCUGAUGUGGUGGAAAAGGCACUGACCUCCAGAAUCAACUGCACUCAAGAAGCAGUGCAGCGUUUCGAGAAUGACCUCAAGAAUGUCCUGCAAGGACUCGCCGAUGUGGAGAAUCGCAUUGAGCAGAUGAAACGACGCAUUGGCACCUUUGAUGCCUCCAUGAAAGUGGCACAGACGCGCAUGGACAAUCGCGGCUAUCGGCCAAAUGUGGAGAACUGUCGCGAUUUGGCCCAACAAGAGCUCAUUGAUGGCGUUCACACAAUCCAGAGCAGUGUUUCCGCUCUUCUCCAUGAACUUGAAGAGGCUGAAAGGGUUAAAACCGAUUUGGUCAACUCACGAGCCCGUCUUGAGCGUGAGAUUAUGUUGAAACGACGCAGUCUGUUCAUCGAUCGGGAUCGUUGCAUGUUAAUGCGAUCGCAUUAUCCUUCGGCGAAUACUCUAAGCGGAGCAGCCGCAACAUAAGCAAAGGUCUUCUCCACUAGGAGUUGUAUAAAUUUUGAGGUAUUACCAAUUUGGCAGGAGGCUCUAAAUUGAAAGGUUUUUAAGAGGAAAAAAACUGGGUUUUUAUAGCAACAAUCUCUGACUAUAUGGAUAUUCUAAAUUCUCAAGUGCAACCGAUAAUUAAUGUAUUCAUUUUAACACGACCACAACGCAUCACUUAUGUAAUCACAAUAAAUGACAUACAUAAAAUUUUUUUUUAAAUUCGGUAACUUAAGUAAUAAAACCAGUAUCAGUAAAUUUAAUCCACAAAUCAAUCUCUAAAUACUUUCAUAUUUAUUAUAUUUAAUCUGCUAAACCCA